AUGGCAAGCAAGAUUUAUGCACCUUCUUCUUGUCUCUUCUUGCUCAUCAUGAUAAUUAGCACGGGACUGAUUGGUUCUGGCGGUGCUGAUCAUGGCAACUCUGACCAUGGAAAGUCUUAUAUAGUGUACAUGGGCAACCGGCACGAAGGAGGUGAAGCCGCUGCUCAGUCUCUUCACUUGAACAUGUUACAGCAAGCCAUUGGCAGGUAA